AUGUCCAUCACAAUUCAUGUGAAAUCUGGUCAAAACAAAUGGGACGUGUCCAUCGAUUCCACCAGUUCGGUUGGCGAAUUGAAAAGGGCAAUCGCUGAGAUUUCGGACAUUCCAGCCGAAAACCAGAGAUUGAUAUACUCUGGAAAGAUUUUGAAAGACGAUCUCACUGUAGACUCCUAUAAAAUACUCAAUGACCACUCCAUUCAUUUGGUCAAGUCUGGUGCAAAGAAAAGCACUCCCGCGGCUCCUGCCGGUGGCACUACAGGGAAAAGUGCCUCUGGCUCCGAACAGCGCACCGAGUCCACGCCAACGGCGCCUGCCAAUUUAUCAACGGGCCAAGGUGGUGGCUUCAAUCCACUGUCGGAUCUCACGAGCGCUCGUUACGCUGGGUUUUUGAAUUUGCCUUCUGCCGACUCGUUUGGACCUGAUGGGGGCCUUACAAGCGCUCCAAAUUCCGACGAAGUUCUCAGGAUGCUCGAGAAUCCUGUAAUGCAAUCUCAGAUGAAUGAAAUGCUCAGUAAUCCGCAAAUGAUCGACUUUCUUAUCCAGCAGAGCCCACAACUACAAAGUAUGGGACCACAGGCAAGACAGCUACUUCAAAGCCCGUUUUUCCGGCAAAUGAUGACGAAUCCAGAUAUGAUUAGACAAAGUAUGCAAUUUUCAAACAUGCUAGGUGGCGGAGACGGAUCCUCGGAGGCCAGUGCAUUUCCAGCUCCGGGUUCCACUGAGCAAGACAAUCCGGGACGUAGUCAAUCUUCAGAACAAACAGGAAGUGAUGCUUCUGCGGCCGGUACUAAUCCCUUUGCCUCUCUUUUAGGCAGCAUGCCUCCCCCCCAACAAUCUGGAUCUCAGGCCAAUGGUGGUGCCGGUGCCAACCCCUUUUUGUCUAUGUUAGGUGGAGCUGGCGGAGCUGCAGCGCCCAACUUUGACCCUGCUCUUCUGUCAUCCCUAUUUGGAGCAGGUGCAGGAGCAGGCUCGAGUGCUCCAGCCCAGCAGGAUACAAGACCUCCGGAAGAACGUUACGAACAGCAGUUGAGGCAAUUGAAUGAGAUGGGAUUUUUCGAGUUUGACAGGAAUAUCGCAGCCCUCAGAAGAAGUGGAGGCUCAGUUCAAGGAGCUCUAGAUGCCCUACUCAAUGGCGAUGUCUGA